CACAGUGUCCUCCUACUGUAAGCCAGCACUGUCCCCUCCUCAAUUGCGUUGCUUUCGCGCCAUCAGCAUUCCAUGACCCGGACGCAUCGCCACCGUCUGGCCAAGGAAUCUCGCCCAGCACUUACACCCAACUGCCUGGACCGACACACGAGUGCCGGCUUCCGCAUUAGACCGUAGGUACACUGCGAAGGGCAUAGCAGAGAGCAGAGAGGAGCAAGAACAUACGUACGGCAAGCAAAGGCGACACAGAGAGAGCAAGAGACAAAAGAAUGGCCGCACUGUCGGACUCGAUCCAGGCCAUACGAGACGGCGCCAAGGAGGACCGCUUCACCUACCUCACCAUCCUGCAGUACCAUGUCACAUCCCCCGAAGUCCUGCCGACGCUCAACGAGGUCCUCCAGGAUGCCGAGCUCACGCAGGAGAUCGGCUGGGACCUCGUGCAGAUGCUCCUCGACGUAGAGGGCUCCGAGGCCUGCCUCGAGACCGUCGCCCGCCUGGGCAACCCUCGCGAGGUCGUCAUAAAGGUCAUGGAGGCCCUCGCCGGGCUCACCGUCGCCUGGCAGGACGAGGACGACGUCGACGGCGAAGAGCCCGGUGCGGCUCCCGGUUCCAAGAUCCCGGCCAAGUUCAUCACGCUGCUCGGCAUGCUGGCCAUCCUGCACGGGCGCAUCAAGACCAAGUACCCCUCGCGGUUUCUGGGGCCGUCGCUGGCCAAGGUCGUCGAGGCCUACCAGCCGACGCCCGAGAUGACCGCGUCCGUCAUCAACCUGGUCUACUCGCUCUCGGGCCGGAAGCGCCCGCCCCUGCCCACGCGCACGUCCAGCAUCAACGUGCUCAACCCCGACCAGAACGGCGACACGUCCAAGAACGCGCCCGAUCCCGAAGCCGAGCAGGAGGACCCGAAGGAGGAGGCGAUGCAGCGCAGGCUGCUGCAGGCCUUCGGCACCUGCAUAUUGCAACGCUACGUGAAUGCGCAGGGCAUGCUGUGGUCCCCGCGGCUGCUCGAGAUCUAUCGGCCGGGGCGGAACGUUCCCGGCAGGAAGACGAUGACCGAGGCGUUCCGCGAAGACGAGGUGCUGCAGAGGCGGGAUUCCGUAGUCGGACAAUUAGUUGCCUUGCUGCGUGAUCUAGGGUUAGAUGAAUGCUCGGGCCGGUUCGUUAGGGACAUCUACGAAGUACCGGAAAACACUGACCCGUUGGCGACCUUUGACGACUUCUCCUCCGUCGACGACAUCCGCCUGUCACCGGGCGGGGCCGUGUGCCUGGUCGCGUACUGGAUCUUCUCGCGGGACGUGUUCGGCGCCGACAGCCCGGCGCCCGAGAUACACGUCUUCCCCGAGCACGCAGCGAUGCUGGGGCGGUUCCUGGGCCGGAACGCGCAGGCGGAGAUCGCGGCGAGCCCGGGGAUCGCCGACGCGCUGCUGGCGAUCGGUCUGGGGCUCGAGCACCGCGGGCGGGUGCGACUGGCGACCGGCGCGGCGGCGACCCCGGCGGACGCAAACCUCAUGGCCUACCACCACAACCUCACGCUUAUCUCAGUCUUCCACCCGGAUCUCAAGGUGCGGAGCGCGGCGACGACGCUCGCCGGGUCGCUGCUGCACGCCGAGCCCGACGACAACGUGCGUCUCGACAUCCUCGAGGACCUGCUCGAGAACUGCAUGUUCGGCUCGCUCAAGGCCUGCGCCGUCACCUGGCUCCAGGAGGAGCUCGUCGCCGCGCGCGCCGCCCCCCCGCGCCGCCAGGGCCGGCUGUUUGCCUCGCCCGAAGUCAUCGAGCGCCUGCAGUACGUCCUAUUCCCGGACAUGCUGUCGCUAAACGAGGCGGGCGCCAAGGCGGCCGGAGCAGAGGUGGUGGUGAGAGAGGAGGCAGAGGCCGGGGCGCCAGUAGGCAAGGGAGACAAAGGGGAGAAGACAGGCGAGGACGAAGAGGGUGCGCUGGCGGACUUCUGGGCCCAGAAUCACCAUUUCCUGCUGCAGGUGGCCAACUUCGCGUACCUCCUGUUCGCGGGCUUCCGGGAGCUCGUGCCGGACGGCAUGGGCGCGGCGGUAGGGCAGCGGUUCGUCGAGCCGCUGGUGGCGGCGGCGGAGCGGCUCCGGCGGGCGCAAGGGGGGCAGGGGCCCGGCCCCGAGGACGAGAUGCAGCUCGCGAUCCUAGUGGAUCGGCUGCGCGGCCUGGGUUUGCAGUGACGGCGGCGGCACGCCGUGGAGAGAGGCAAGGGAGGAGGGAGGAAGACAUUGCGACGAGGACGGAUUGCAUGGGUAUACCUAGAUAUAUAUGUGCAUGUGUGCGUCUGGGCAUCAUGGCCACGGCCACGGCAACCGGUAGCUGGCCA